AGACAGCCUGAACGCCAUGGCAGGGAGUUCAUCAAGGCCACAAGUCCAUUCAUGGUGCCAUGUGAUACAGAGAGACUUGAUGGAACGUCUUGAACUGGACCUUAGCUAACCUAAAAGUUGGCUUCUUAUACAGAUUUUCCACUGCCCAUGUGCAGCUGGUCCACUCCACUUUCAUCGCAUAUCCUUGUGUUAAUCCUGAAUGGUAAGCAUAUUUUAGCUUAUUAAUCCAUCACUAUUUGCUUCAUCUCCUUCUUUAUCCUACUUGCAACAUUAUGCGUCCUAGAUGGGCAGAAGAAUAUCCAAACAUUGUGUCAUAAAGUUCAUAAAAGAGAGAUUCUGUUUCUUUCUCUGAUAAUCUGAUCUUCAUUAGCAGCCACAUGCUCAGAUGCAGUGGCUCUCAUUCAUUCAUUCAUCAAUCUUCCUAUCCUAGCAUUGAGUGAAUGUUGGUGCAACUUGGGAGUAAGGGAAGCCAUUGAGUACUUACUUUCUAUAUAAACUCCAUGGAACUCAUCAAGAAACUAUACCAUUUCCCGAAAAGGAAACCAAAAUGUUUCACUCCCUAUUUGUCAUUGCCCUCCUCUUCUCUCUUUCCAAUGCAGCCGUCCAAGACUUCUGCGUUGCUGAUCUAAAAGGUCCACAAGGGCCAGCAGGCUACGCCUGCAAGAGCGCCGUGACUGCAGAUGACUUCGUGUACUCAGGCCUAAGCGGUGCUGGAAACAUAACAAGUCUAAUCAAAGCUGCAGUCACCCCAGCGUUUGUGGAGCAGUAUCCAGGCGUGAAUGGACUCGGUCUCUCGGCUGCUCGGUUAGACUUGCUUCCUGGUGGUGUUAUACCACUUCACACACACCCAGGAGCUUCAGAAUUGCUGAUUGUGACUCAGGGUAUCAUUCAGGCUGGUUUUAUCUCUUCCGCUAAUGCUGUCUUCGUGAAGACUCUUAAAAAGGGAGAUCUCAUGAUAUUCCCACAAGGGUUGCUACAUUUUCAGAUUAAUGCUGGUGGUGUGACUGCCGUUGGUUAUCCUGUAUUUAGCAGCCCAAGCCCUGGUCUCCAAAUCACUGACUUUGCUCUGUUUGCCAACGACUUGAGUACUGACUUGGUGUCGAAGACCACUUUUCUCGACCCCGCUCUGGUGAAAAAGUUCAAGGCUAUUCUCGGCGGGAGUGGUUAGAAUUGGCCAAAGGAUGUGUUUGCUUCAGUCAUCCUGCAUUUCCAAGUAACAAAUUUGAUUGAUGUUCUUUUCCAUUGCUAUUUGUAUGUUAAUGUCAUUUAAAUUAGUUGAUUUCAA